GGGUCAUCCCAGAGGGGGCGGGGCCGAGGCUCCGGGAACGGGAGGGGGGCAAGAAAAGGGAAAUCCAACUUGUGGAAUCUUGGGGGGGUCCCCGCGGCCGACUCCUUCCCAUGGAUUGUGGAUGGUGCUGGGAACAGAGCCGCUGAAACUCGCGGCGCGGGGUGCUGGGAAUCUGGGAAUCAGCGGAGCGGGGGCGGAGGGAAGUGUCAGGCUCCGAGUGGGGUACGGCGUCCCCAAGUUAGGACCUAGAGGCCCUCCUGCCUCGGUGCAAGGGAGAAGCAGCGCCAGGCGCCAUGCGGGACAGGACCCGCGAGCUGAGGCAGGGGGAUGACAGUUCGGAUGAUGAGGACAAGGAGCGCGUGGCGCUGGUGCUGUACUCGGGCUCCGCAGGACUGGGGAACCCAGACGAUGAGUUCUUCCAGAAGGUCCGGACAAUUCGGCAGACUAUGGUCAAGCUGGAGAGUAAAGUCCAGGAGUUGGAGAAGCAGCAGAUAACCAUCCUGGCCACGCCCCUUCCCGAGGAGAGUAUGAAGCAGGACCUGCAGAAUCUGCGAGAAGAGAUCAAACAGCUGGGCAGGGAGGUUCGCACUCAGCUGAAGGCCAUAGAACCACAGAAGGAGGAAGCUGAUGAGAACUAUAACUCAAUCAACACGAGAAUGAGAAAAACCCAACAUGGGAUCCUGUCCCAGCAGUUUGUGGAGCUCAUCAACAAGUGCAACGCGCUGCAGUCCGAUUACCGGGAGAAGAACGUGGAGCGCAUUCGCCGGCAGCUGAAGAUCACCAAUGCCGGGAUGGUGUCGGACGAGGAACUGGAGCAGAUGCUGGACAGCGGCCAGAGCGAGGUGUUCGUGUCUAAUAUCCUGAAGGACACGCAGGUCACUCGGCAGGCCCUCAACGAGAUCUCUGCCCGGCACAGUGAGAUCCAGCAGCUCGAGCGCAGCAUCCGGGAGCUGCACGAGAUCUUCACUUUCCUCGCUACUGAGGUGGAGAUGCAGGGGGAGAUGAUUAACCGGAUUGAGAAGAACAUCCUGAGCUCAGCGGACUACGUGGAGCGCGGGCAGGAGCACGUCAAGGUGGCGCUGGAGAACCAGAAGAAAGCGCGGAAGGCACUGAGAACUCCAGGGACCCCGGGUCUGCUUUCUCUCCCACAGCCGGGGCAGGCAAGCCAGAGCCUCCAGCCCACCCCUGCCUCACUCUGGCCCUGUGCAGAGAGGCAGACACUUCUGGGCUUAGCAGCGGUUCAUUUGUGGGCCUCCCCGCCUGGAUCACAAUGCCUAGGGCAGCGCCUGCAGUGUCCUCUUUGGCUGGGACAUGUGGUUUUGAACGGGAAGGCCGGGGCCACGGUCACCCCCCGCAUCAGGCUCAGUACCGUUCUGGAGAAAGACGGCCGAGAAUACCUAACCCUGACACCGGCCGGGCCGGGUGACCCAGCUGCGGGAGACUGGGAAGGGACCGACGCCCUGGCCACCUGCCCUGCUCACGGAUGGAUGAGCUCCUCGUUCUCAGCAGUAUGCGGGCAGUCUGGAGGUCUCCGCGGGCAGUCUGGAGGUCUCCACGAGUGAUCGGGAAGUUCCAGGGCCAGAGCACCCUGAGGGAAAGGAACACCGGUUUGGAUCUGGGUCCUCUGGGUCCCCUGGUCCUGCCUCUCCUGCUUUGUGGCUUGCAUCUUUGGUGGAUUCUUGUUCUGCGGGUCACCUUUGCCCACACUCGUCCUCUGCCUUCAGAGUAAAACAGCAGCCCCAGGGCACCUCCUGGGACCCGAGAGACUCUGAAAUCUGCCGGGAACAGGCUACUUCAGCGCAGCUGCGUGGCCCCGUGCCCCGUGGCCUGGAAGCACUGCACCUCUCUGACCCUGGACGCUGUCCAGAACCUCCUGGAGGAGAUGGCUUGGUGCAAGUGAGACCUCAGGUGGGCUCAUGUGAACUUUCCUGUGGUGUGCGGGGACCAUUGGAAGUUUUUUGAAAAGGUGAGGGUAGGUUUGGAGGUGACCUAGCAGACAAGGGUCCUGUGGCAAUACCCUUUUCUGUGAGAAAGCAACCCAAGUUGAAGAGUUUUCCAUGGAAACAUGUCCUGGCUGCCGCAGACCAACCUUUAGGGAGCAGGAUGUUGGUUGGGUGCGCCUUGCCCCGAGCUGUUGCAGCCACGGUUCGGUUCAGCCCACAGCGCUUUCCCCUUCCUGCCUCCUGCACUCAGUAUUUCACGGUUGAACAGGGACCAGACUAGUUUAAUCUAGUCUCUAGGUCAGGCUACAUUAAUCUGUCCAGGAGUUGGGGGCUGGAGCGAUAGCACAGCGGGUAGGGCGUUUGCCUUGCACGAGGCCGACCCGGGUUCGAUCCCCAGCAUCCCAUAUGGUCCCCUGAGCACUGCCAGGAGUAAUUCCUGAGUGCAGAGCCAGGAGUUAACCCUGUGCAUCACCAGGUGUGACCCAAAAAGCAAAAAAAAAUAAAAAAAUCUGUCCAGGAGUUGUCCACCUUGAGUCCAGACCUUCCCGGUGGCUAUGGUAUGUGUGAAGGAGAAGUGGAUAAACACUGGUGGUUCUGCCCCACAGGAGAAAGGUCCAAGCAGAAAAAUAUUCCUGCUGAGCCCUGAACAAUAGGAUUAAAUGUUCAUGUUCUAUUUAACACUAUUGGCUCAUUGAAUGUGAGUAGACAUAUACCACUCCAAAUAAAGCUUGAGGCACCUGUAAGUUUUCUGG